GGAACGCACUCAUUUGAACUUGUUGCGAACGCCACCUGUUAACUCAUGGGGGCACCGUGAAACUCAGCGUUGGCCGCCAUGCCGCGCUGCUACAUGGUAAAGAAAUGUGUGCAGCGCCAUGAAGGGCCCCCACCGUGCAGCCCGACGGAGGCUAGCGUGGCACCGCCAUGCUACAGCCCCGCCGAACACUCAGCCCUAACAGAGCCUCGCAGUGAAUAUGCGGAGCUGGGCGUGCCGCUGUCGGAGCGGUCGGCAGCGGACACAGAGGCAGCCCACGAGCUGCUGUCGCUGGCGCACAGCCUGCCGCCGCUGCCGCCGGCCGCGCACCUCGUCACCGUGCUGCACGCGCCCGAACCGCCGCCGCUCGUGCCCGUCUACACCUACACGCUGCAGCCUACCAACAUCUACAUCCUAGCCGAGGAGCCCCCUGAACCAGUGUACCACACGGUGCAAACUGUCACCCCGCUUCAACCGGUCGAGUUCGUUGACACUCAUAUCAGCUACGUCGAGUGCCAGCCGGUGGGCCCGCCACCACCACCACCGCCGCCACCACCGCCGCUGCCACCGCUGCACCCGCGCCCAGAUUUUAACAGAAUUGAAUAUGAGCGCAGGGCGUCAGAGCCCACGCCAGUGCUCACACCACCUGUGCCAAUAGCACCCGACAGUGAACCUCUGGCUACACAGGCCAAGGAAAAGUCUGGAAAAUAUGAUUGUAAUGAAUGUGGUAAGCGUUACGCUACUUCAUCUAAUCUGUCGCGCCACAAGCAGACGCACCGCAGCCUGGACUCGGUGGCGGCCAAGCGGUGUGGCGAGUGCGGCAAGGCGUACGUGUCCAUGCCAGCGCUGGCCAUGCACGUGCUGACGCACCGCAUGGGCCACGUGUGCGGUGUGUGCGGCAAGCAGUUCUCGCGGCCGUGGCUGCUGCGCGGCCACCUGCGCUCGCAUACAGGUGAGAAGCCGUACAAUUGCGCGUCAUGCGGCAAGGCGUUCGCGGAUCGGUCGAACCUCCGCGCGCACCUGCAGACGCACUCGUCCGACAAGAAGUUCGAGUGCACGCGCUGCGGCAAGUCAUUCGCACUCAAGAGCUACCUGAACAAGCACCAGGAGGCGGCAUGCGUGCGCUCCGACGACGACGACGACGAGGACGAGUGACGUGAAGCCGCGCUCAUACUUCAAUCAAUGCAACGAACAUUUUCUCUAUGAACUUCUUUACACCUUUAUAUUACCAGAAAGGAUAUUUGAUAGGGUAGAUGCUCGUAGUUUCGACGGCGUCUAGUGAAUAAUAAGCAAUAUUAUGUACCUAAUAUCGUUAUGGCUCUUUCCAUAAUUUAAAGAAGAUAAAAUUAAUGAAAAGUGAAAUUAUAAUGAAACGUAUUUUUUCAAUUAUUAGUCCGGCAAUGACGGAAAUAAUCGUGUCAAUUUAUGGCAAGAGCCUGCAAUGUUACAGCGUAGGGUAACGUUUACAUAGUAAAGUAUAAGUAAGUUAGCGUCGCGGGUGUGGUGUGCGACUUUAGUCGUAGUUCGGUGAUACGUAGACUUAAUGAAACCGUCGAGCUGUGGUACAAA